GCGUAUUUUACAUACUCCUUCCUCUUACUAACACAAGACCUUCGCCAUUUUCUACCGGCCAACCAACUGAAACAUGAUUGUCACCUAAAUAUUGUUAAGAUCGAGGCCAUCAAGGCUUUUAAGAAGAUCUUAUUAACCAUUAAUUUUUUUGACAUUUCUAACAAUAUUCAACGUCACUAGAUUUAAAAUUGGCAUCAACAUAUCAACAAAAAUGUGGGAUGUUUUUAAAAAGUUAAGAAAAUUUGAUGCCUACCCAAAAACCCUCGAAGAUGUUAAAAUACAAACAUAUGGUGGAGGAGCAAUUACAAUUAUUAGUGUAAUUAUAAUGAGCUUAUUAUUCUGGUCAGAAUUUUUAAAUUAUAUGACGCCAGACGUUACUGAAGAAUUGUUUGUGGAUACUUCUAGAAGUCCUAAUAUCCAAAUAAAUUUAGACUUUAUUGUUCCACACAUUUCAUGUGAUUCGUUGGAUGCGAUGGACUCUUCAGGAGAGCAACAUUUAGAAAUGGAUCACAAUAUAUAUAAGAGAAGAUUAGAUUUAGAUGGAAAGCCUAUAGCAGACCCUAAUAAAGUUAAUAUUACAAUUGCGAAAAACACGACACAAUCUGGAAAUAAAACAGAAUGUGGUAGCUGCUAUGGUGCAGCUGAUAGAUGUUGCAACACUUGUGAAGAAGUAAAAGAGGCCUAUCGAGAACGAAAAUGGGCUCUAGAUAAUAUAGAAAAUAUAGAACAAUGCAAAGAUGAAAAAUAUAGUGACAAAUUAAAAACUGCUUUUACACAGGGUUGCCAAAUUUAUGGAAGCCUAAUAGUCAAUAGAGUAAGUGGGAGUUUUCACGUAGCUCCAGGAGAAAGUUUUAGUGUUAGUCAUUUACAUGUUCAUGAUGUUCAACCGUUCUCUUCGAAUGAUUUUAAUACUUCCCAUAGAAUUAGACAUUUAUCAUUUGGUGAUAGAAUAGAAAGUCACACCCACAAUCCUCUAAAAGAUCUAGCUGUCCAUGCCAAGGAAGGUUCUACAAUGUUCCAGUACUACAUAAAAAUAGUUCCUACAGCAUAUGUUCGGAAAGAUGGCACUAUUAUAAGUUCUAAUCAAUACUCAGUAACAAAACAUCAAAAAGUUGUGUCUAUGAUUACUGGUGAAUCUGGAAUGCCCGGAAUAUUCUUCCAAUACGAACUUUCUCCGUUAAUGGUAAAAUAUUCAGAAAAAGAAAGAUCUUUUGGACAUUUUAUUACGAACCUUUGUGCUAUUAUUGGCGGAAUUUACACAGUAGCGGGAUUGUUAGAUACCCUUGUAUAUCACUCUGUGAAAAUGAUACAGAAAAAAAUUGAACUAGGAAAAUUUAAUUAA